UGAGUCUCCUGAAUCUCAUCUAGAACUGGGUUGAAUUCUCCUCCAUCACAAUGAGCAACAAAUUCUUGGGCACCUGGAAACUUGUCUCCAGUGAGCAUUUUGAUGAUUACAUGAAAGCUCUGGGUGUGGGGUUAACCACCAGAAAACUGGGAAAUUUGGCCAAACCCCGUGUGAUCAUCAGCAAGAAAGGGGAUAUUAUAACUAUAAGGACUGAGAGUACAUUUAAAAAUACAGAGAUCUCCUUUAAGUUAGGUCAGGAAUUUGAAGAAACCACAGCUGACAACAGGAAAACAAAGAGCGUCGUGACCUUGUCAAGAGGUUCGUUGAAUCAAGUGCAGAAAUGGGAUGGCAAAGAGACAACAAUAAAAAGAAAGCUGGUGGAUGGGAAAAUGGUAGUGGAAUGUAAAAUGAAGGGCGUGGUCUGCACCAGAAUUUAUGAGAAGGUCUGAGAAAAUCAUUUCCUCCUUGAAGUGAUAUUUGAUCAUUUUAUGUUGGAAAUCAACGGUUUUCAUUGGCAAGGCCCCAACUGCUCUGCAGUAUGUUUCUCUGCUUUUGCUUUUGUCUUAAUAGAUGAGAUAGGUAAAGGCCUAAAGUGAGGAUUAAUCUAAAAUUCAGUGUUGUUUAAACAUUUUCAAUUUGUAUGCAUUUCCUUACUGUAUUAAAGUAUGUAUAUUGGCCACAACUAAAUAGUUGAUAAUGUCAUUUAAUUAGCUGUGAAAUUCUAACUUAUGUUGUACUUUGUAUACCGAAAGGAUAGUAAAGCAAGUAACGUAAAAGGAAGUCAAUGGGGAGGAAGAUGGGAAGUGAGAGAAACUACAAGAAGGGAUUGUUUUAGAUCAAAGUUCUAGUUCAGGCAUAGGGCAGCCUCCACUCCCUAUGGACAGUGAAAUGCACAGAUAUUAAGGGUAGAGUUCAAUCUAUUGUGACAAAUGCACGCGCCCAUAUAACUCACAUCCUGAUCCAGAUAAUGAUACAUUUCCUUACUCCCAGAAAGUUUUCUCAGGCUUCUUACUAGUCAGUUUCUGUCCUCUCCCACCGCCACCAGAAGCAAGUAGUCAUUUGGCUUCUAUCAUUUGAGUUUUCCAUUAUACUUUUCUUUAAUGUGUGGGUUUUUAUACAAAGAAAGGUUAUUUUUAAUUCAAAAAAGUAUGCAUUUUUUAAGUGAAAAGAUAACCAGGAAAUUUUUUAGACCCUGAAAGAGGAAGUCAACUGCUCCCAGGUCACACAGUAUGAGCCAUCACUUGUACAUGCAAACAUAUCGUAUUCGUCUGCAACCAUAGAGCUCAUAUUGUUUUAUCUUCUGCUUUUUGAGAGUUUAACAAAGAUUAUUUCACAUUUCAACAGGUGCUAUACCAUAAUUUACUAUGAUUCUAUAAUGUAAUGGUUUUAUUUUUAAGUUAACCCAGUUUGGAGUUAUCACAUUAUUUUGCAAAAAUUACCUUUAUGCAUGUAUCUGAUUGUGCUGGAUACUUUUUCUAGGAGAGGGAUUAGUAAGUUAAACAAUAUGGAAAACCCAAUGUACAUUUCUGUAUUGCUUUCCUGAGUGUUGUUAGUGAUGAGGGACCAGCAGUAUACCUGUGAAGGGCAAUGUACAAACACAGGUCCUAUACCGAUGCUAACAGCUACUGUAUGUUUUAUGUGUGCCAAGCUCAUUGACUCUCUACCAGACAAUUUAUGUGCCGUGUUGCCAUAUUUAAUGUAAUUUCACAUAACAACCCUAUUAGGUAGAUACUAUUAUUAUCUCCAGUUUAUAAAAGAAGAAAGAGUGUAGAGUAACUUGUGCAAAGCCCCAAAGUGGUAGAGAAUGAAGAAAGGUCAUUUGCUAAACCUUUGCUCUAUUUUGUCUCCUUGGCCACACCUGGCUGUUAGAAACUUGUCUGUUUCUCAUAAAAUCUCUAAAAGUGCACCAUUAGACAUUAUUUUUUGCCAGUUCUUGAAUUUCAUAUAAAUGGAGUCAUACAUUAUGUAUUCUUUCUGUUUGCCUUUUUAAACUCAGAGUAGUGUUUCUGAAAUUCAUCCGUAUUGUUGCACUCAGCAGCGGUUUGCUCUUUGAUUGCUACGUAGUGUUCUGUUGCGUGAAUAUAACCCCGUUUGCUCCUCCAUUCUUCUCUUAAGACAGUUGGGCUGUUUCCAGGUUUUGGCCAAACAUAUUUUGAUGAAUAAAGCUGCUGUAAACAUUCUCAUACAAGGUUGUUGGAGGACAUAGGAGUUCCUACCUUUUGGGUCAAUAACUGGGCAUUGAAUUACUGGGUCUAGUUGAUUUUUGACAGGCAGGAAUAGAGACUACUGUGCCCAAGUAAUAAUGAAACUCUUUCAGAUGUAUGUUGGAGCAAAUGACAAAUGUGCUGGUGUUUUAGGGGCCAGGAUUUUCACUGUGGAAGAGGAACAUGCAACUAUGGAAUGAGGGAGGCAAGAAUGAAUUGUGUGAGAGUGGAUUGAGAUAGAUGUAAAUUUGUGGUUUCUAAGGCAUGUGUAUAUAUAUGUGCACAUGUGUAUGUAAUUGUACAUGCAUGUCUGCAAAUGCAUUUAUGAGGUAUAUGUAUACAUGUACUUAUGUGUAUGUGUAUAUACACCCAAGUAUUUCCCAGAUCUAUCUGCCCAAAGAGCUUAGAAGCAAUGACACUUCAGUAGGAAUGAAUCCACCCGCUUCCCAGACUUUGGGGUCCAAUGUCAUUACCCACUAAAAGGACUGAGAGUUCCUUGGAGAAACAACUAAUUCUAAUGUGGGGUUAGGGUAGUUACAAGAUGAGCCUGAAAUAUCUUAUUACAUCAGAAAGGAUGGAAGUGUUUUAAAAAAUAAUAGAAGAAUACCAAAAAUAUGGAAGCCAGCUUGGAGGUGUUUCCCUUAGUUAAAACUGCAACAGUUUGAAAAAGUAAAAUAAUUGAGAAAAAAAAUCAUAACUUAUAAACCAUGGAAGGAAAAAUAAGGAUCCAUGAAACCAUAACGAUAAUAGGGAGAAAGAGAAGAGUCUUCCUUAUAGCAGAAUGCUGUGGGCUGACCAGCACAUGUGGAAGGAGUGCUAGAAAUGGAAAGUCAUAAUUUUCCAACUAUCACAGUAAAUAUUGGCUCAUGCAAGAAUUGCCAGUAGAUGCUAAAUCUGGAGGGAAAUUUAGAUUAGGAGAAGGAUAUUACUUUGGUCUUAAAGUAUCUCUCCACAGAUCGCUCAUUAGUUAUUAGCAGAAAAAACAGUUUAUGCCAUGGAAAAACUAGACAACUCCUUGAUUGGGGAAUCACCCCUAGCAUCGCCAAAGAGGGACAGAAGAACCUGUGUUUUCAAUUGUGAUACCCUGAGAAGGAACAUCACUUAUGUAGUCUUUCAGUCCAGAAUCCUCAUCUGUGCAUAUGGAUUCCCCUAGUCAUGGGGAGACAUGAGACAAAUUCCAAAUGAAGAAUGUUCUAUUGAAAAAGAGGAGGAGAGUGGUGUUGAUCAAAUUUUUCAAAAAUGUAAUUGUCAUAAGAGUCAAAGAAAGGCUCUGUGGAAAUUUUCUAGAUUAAGUUACAUUCAAAAUAUGUGAUGACUAAAUCCAGUAAAAAACAAAUUGAAAUAUAGAUGGCAAAUUAGGUUAGAAGUAUACUGGGAUUAUACAAGAGAAUAUCAUUAUUCUUGAGAAACACACCCUGGAGUAUUUGGGGGUAAUAGGCCAUAAUAUAUGCAAUCUACUUUAAAAAACUGAAAAAAAAUGUAUGUGUAUUUGUCUGCGUGUAUAUAUACUAGUGAGAGCAAUUGAUAAAGCAAACGCGGGUAAAACUUAAUAGACAAAUCUGACUAGAAGCUAAUAUGUCUUUUCUUCGUAAGAGUUUGGUUUUGCAACUUUUCUGCAAGUUUAAAGCUAUUUCCAACCAAAAAAGA